GGACAUAUAAUAUAUACAUUCGUCAGUGUGAAACCAAUACUGCUAACACUUACACCCGCUAUGCGCUUCCUAUUUGACAAGUGAGUUGUGGUGAUGAGGGGAAGUAUGAUGUUAUUCGCGCUGACGCCGGAGUCUACUCUCACAAAGAAUAUCGCCAGACACCUCAACCUACCUGUAGGAGCCAUGACAAGGAGGAAACUUGCCAACACAGAGACACUCGUAGAAAUAAGGGAAUCAGUGAGGGGUAAAGACGUGUACUUGAUCUUCAGUUGCACAAAGGACUUUAAUAACUCCAUAUUGGAUCUUCUAAUGGUGGUAGAAGCAAUGAAGAACGCUUCUGUUGGCACUGUAACCAUAGUCCUACCUUCCUUCCCUUACGCUAGGUACGACUGUGUGAGCAGGGUUGACAGAUGUCCUAUAGCCAGACUUAUAGCUGACAUGUUACAAUCUGUGGACUGCGAUAGAGUCCUAACCAUGGAUCUUCAUACUCCUCAGGUACAAGGCUAUUUCGACCUGCCAGUGGACAACAUAACCGCAGAACCAGCCUUCAGGGACUGGAUAAAGGAAAACCACCUCAAAAAGGCAGUUCUAGUCACCCCAAAUCCUGAGGGGACGAAAAGAGUGGCUCAAUUCUCAGAGAGUAUGGGUAUGCAGUUCGCUAUAGUACACGUGGCUGAUAACGAGGAUUCAGCGGGACCCCACCGACCUCACUCCCUCGUCGGCAAUAUAAAGGACAGGGAUUGUAUAAUAUACGAUGAUAUUGCUGAUAGGUGUGACUCCAUAGUGAAGACUGCAGAGUUUCUAAAACUAAAAGGUGCCAAGAGGGUGUUCUGUAUGGUUACACACGGACUCUUUACUAAGGAGUCACUCCAGAGGUGUGCUGCCAGCCCAAUAGACGAGCUAGUAGUGACAGACACGAUAGACCAGCAAGAGAACCAGGAAAUCUACCCUAAACUCCACACAGUUGACGUGUCUCAUCUGUUUGCUGAGGCCAUCAGACGAGUUCACAACAACGAGCCGCUACUUGCCCUCUUUAAAUUGUAAUCACCUUUAUAGCUUGAUCAUGUCAUGACAAUUACUCUUGCAAACAUUUUAUCAAAUAAUGCUGAUAUUUUGGCCGAGUCGAUGAACAGUUAUUUAAAUUCGUUAUGGUUUUUCAACGUUUAUCUACUGGUUAAUGUGUAUACGGUUAAAACUAAAUUAUUCACUUUUUCAAUUUUGUUUCAAAGCCGAUCAUUUUUGACUCUUCACAAUGAAA